CGGUUACUCUCGCUGUCGAAAGGGACUCUCCCGCGAUAAGUGUCUUAUCGCCCUCGUCAUGGCAUGUCUCGUUGGCCCAGUGUGCUUAGGUUGCUUAUUCCCUUCGUGACUUUCUCAUCCCAGACAAUGACCAUUUCUUAUCUUGAAAAAAGACUAUUUCAUAUUUAUACCCUCACCUUCCCUAGUUACUUGCCAUUCUCUAUCAAAUAGUUCAACCAGUCCAUCAACCAGUUCCUCCUCUUUUCUAGAGCAGUAGCUCCACUCGGUGAGCUGAAAUCGACCCAAGUGACGCCAUGCGCCCUGGAAUGAAGCCUCCACCAUGUCCAUUCCUUAAAUCAUCCCAAUGGCGACAGGCAUGGCCUUCAUCUUCAUCACGAUUGCCGACAGGAUAUCAACGGAUCUCAACUCCUAGUUCAAUCACCUCAAAUCCCGCCACCACUGCGGCAGUGCAGAAGCCUGUCCCUGACACACCCGCUCUUGCCGUGCUCGACUGGUGGACCUUGCUCAGAUCCUAUGCCAUUCUCACCGUAUCAUCGUCUCCUCUGCUGCUUAACCCCUCACUGGCCGUGAUGAGGCACAUGGCAUCUUCCAAAUCACUGCUCACUUCGCCUGAGCGCAACCCGCUUCUCGGAUGGGCUGUCAAGAAAACCAUGUAUGCACAAUUUUGUGCCGGCGCGACGGCUACCGAGAUUCAAGGCACCUCGCAGCGCCUUCGUGCCAUGGGUUACAAAGGUUCCAUGUUUAAUUAUGCACGGGAGGUUGUUCUCGGCAUCGACCAGAAGGAUGUCAACAUCGAGGUUGCCAAGGGACGAGCGCUCAAGCAAGUGGAAGACUGGCGAGACGCAGUGCUCAAGACCAUCGAAAUGGGGAAUACCGGAGACUUUGUCGCCGUCAAGUUCACUGGCGCAGGCAAUCUAGCCCUUGAGAAUCUGGCUGCAAACCUUCCUCCUCCUCCCAGUAUCGAACAAGCCAUGACCGCCAUGUGCGAACUCGCCAAGCAACGUGGCGUCCGCAUUACCUUUGACGCUGAGCAAUACGCCCUGCAGCCUGGCAUUGAUAGCUGGACGAUGCUCUUCCAGCGGCGCUAUAACGAUCACUCCAUUUGUCCUCCGGGCAAAGCUGUCGUCUACGGAACUUACCAAUCUUACCUUAAAUCCGCACCUGCUACCCUCUCAGUCCAUUUGGCACUUGCUCAAAAAGAUGGUUUUACUCUUGGCGUCAAGCUCGUGCGCGGUGCUUAUCUCGGCACUGACCCUCGUUCGCUCAUCUGGGACACCAAAUCUGAUACGGACAAGGCAUAUGAUACUCUCGCCGAAGCUCUCAUUCGUCGCAAAUAUAACGAUAUGGUUGUAUCUCCAGCUGAAGCUAGCAAAGAAUUCCCCGAAGUCUGUGUUGUUCUCGCCUCGCAUAACCGGGAGUCGAUGCUCAAGGCUCAAUAUAUCCGCACGGAACAGGCUCAGGUUGGAGAGAAACGGAUCGACCUUGUCUACGCUCAGCUCAUGGGCAUGGCGGAUGAAGUUUCGUGCGAACUACUGCAAAAGGCUGCCCAAGCUGGCGAAAAGGAUGAUGUGCCCGCUGUUCUCAAAUAUGUGACUUGGGGUACUACCGGCGAGUGUAUGAAAUAUCUCCUUCGUCGCGCAGAGGAGAACAGGGACGCCGUCACCAGAACAAAGGCAGGCCAACUCGCGCUCGGCAAGGAAAUCCGGAGACGCUUCGGCGCUAUGAUUGGAUUGACUUGAGCAAUCUACACGACCCUCGCCGAAUUCUUCUCCCUUUUUCUACUACCUUUAUUUUGGUUUUGAGAGUAAAUGGUGUGGGUGGUGAUUUCCUGCAUUGAUGGCUUAUAGGGAGUUUGUUUGAAGAUCUAUAGCUAUUCUUGUUCAGCGAGACGUGUACUGUGCUUGCAUUUUCCAUUUCAGCGGAUACUUUUUUUUAACGACGUGCAACGUUGCAUUAUGGAGCGAAAGAAUUUUGCAUUGUUUUUGGGUUUUAGACUUUUCUUCUUCUCUUGGGACGCGUUUUUUUCUUUUUGAUAUCCCAUGAUUGUUUGGAUUUUUGUUUUUCUCUCUCUUCGUCUGCAUCAGUAUCGACAUCGAAUCUGAACAGCCAUUCUAGAUAGCGCUCGAAAAUACAGACAGUGUCCUCCCCCUCAAUUUCUUUUUGUCCUCUGUGCAGUGUUUCAAGUAGAAGUGUUUGU